AUGGACCUGAGCCACGUCCCCGCCACCCGCGAGAAGGGCUGGUACCUGGCGCUGAUGGCCCCCAACACCAAAGGUCCCAACUACGCCUGGCUGGACCCGUCCCGGCUCUACUGCCACCCGCAAGGCUUGCAGGACUGCGUGGCCGACCUGCUGCAGCCCUUCCAGGGGGACCCCAUCGACCUGGUGGCCGGCAUCGAUGCCAUGGGCUUCAUCCUGGGUGCUGCCGUGGCCACCGCGCUACACAAGGGCUUCCUGGCCAUCCGUAAAGCCGGGCACCUCUGCGUGGAGACGUUGUCGGAGCCCUACACCGACUACUCAGGCCGAGAGAAGGUGAUGGAGGUCCGCACCGACACCGUCUCGCCGGGUCUGCGCGUCCUCCUCGUGGACCAGUGGGUGGAAACCGGGGGCACCAUGCGAGCGGCCAUCCGGCUGGUGGAGCGGCUGGGGGGGGUCGUGGCAGGCGUCGCGGCCGUCUGCAUCGAGGACAGCGAGGGCGCGCGGUGGAUCCGGGAGCGCUACAAGUGCGCCCACUGCGUGCCCCCCCGCCUGCAGCCACGCUUCGACCGCCACCAGACGGGCUGGGAAUGA